CAUAUCGCACCAUAAAUGCAUAACGAAAGAAUUAAUGGUUGUGUCUAUGAAUACGUCCAGGAUGUGAAUCAUAGCCAAACGUUGGCGACUGUGUCCCGCAGUGAGACGGUGGUGGAGGGAACCCUGACGCAUCCCUUUGCGCUCACGCUGUCUGAGGAGACCUUGUACUGGACCGACUGGCAGACUCGCUCCAUCCACGCCUGCAACAAACACAGCGGAGACAAAACCCGGGAGAUCCUCAGCGGCAUUUACUCCCCCAUGGACAUCCAGGUCCUGGAGUCCUAUCGGCAGCCUUACAUCCAGACUCCCUGCAGCGACAACAACGGAGGCUGCAGUCACCUGUGCCUGCUGUCCCCGGUCCAGCCCUUCUACAGCUGCGCCUGUCCCACCGGAGUCCAGCUGAAACCAGACGGGAGGACAUGCAAACCAGGAGCGGAGCAGGUUUUGCUGCUGGCUCGGCGGACUGACCUGAGGAGAAUCUCAUUGGACCUGCCAGACUUCACCGACAUAGUCCUGCAGGUUGAUGACAUUCGCCAUGCCAUAGCCAUAGACUACGACCCGGUGGAGGGUUACGUCUAUUGGACGGACGAUGAGGUUCGGGCCAUCCGGCGGUCGCACAUCGACGGCAGCGAUGCCGUGAUGCUGGUUACCACGGAGAUCAACCACCCUGAUGGCAUAGCGGUGGACUGGGUGGCCAGAAACCUGUAUUGGACCGACACCGGCACUGACCGGAUUGAGGUCACCAGGCUGAACGGAACCUCUCGGAAGAUUUUGAUAUCGGAUAACCUGGACGAACCCAGAGCCAUCGUCCUGGACCCCGUCAAUGGCUACAUGUACUGGACCGACUGGGGCAGGCACCCCAAGAUCGAGCGGGCCCACCUGGACGGAACGGAGCGGCUGGUUCUGAUCAACAGCUCGUUGGGCUGGCCCAACGGGCUGGCCAUCGACUACGCCGCCGGGAAGCUCUACUGGGGGGACGCCAAGACCGACAAAAUCGAGGUACGUCCGCCGGGCCGUGUGCAGCGGCUCCUUGAUAGACCAGGGGGAGGGGAGUGGGAGGAGGGGGGGCAGUGGGGGGAGUGA